AUCUAAAUUUUGAUGCUAGUGCUGAUGACGCUGUUGAAAGACAAAUGUGUCAUUUCACUGCUGUCAGUACGGUAUGAUACCGCUGCUGGGGAGUGUGCAGCCUGCUGCAAAAGCAGCAUGGAUGGGUUUUAGUGAGGGUAAUGUAAGGUUAUGGGCAGUGGUGAGGCUUAAGGCACUUGGAAGAGUAUCGGACUGAUUUAGACUGAAUAAAAUACACUGAAAGCAAACCAGUGAUGUUUUAUGAAACCAGAAACCCAACUGACAUACUUCUGAAGAGAAUACCCUGAAGUCAAAUCAUUUCUAAGACGAAAGAACCUUUUCAUUUAUCAGUACAAUGCUGGAAAUUAUAUUUAAUAAAAUAUAAAUUAAAACAGUGGGACGCAUGUCUAACAGCCAGAAUGCUACAGCGCUGCAAGCCUACACACCCCGCGCUGCCAGGCCUCGCCGCACCCCUCAAGCCUAUGCGCGGGAGGCGCCUCCUAUCCCCGCCCUACACCGCCGCGCCGGUCUCCUCCAUCAGUCCGUUGCGCAUGCGCAGGAGAGGCGAGCGUCCACGGUGAAGGCCAGGGCUGUUCGGCGCUCGGGCAGUUAUGGGUGAUGAGUCAGUAAUGUAUUCGCUGGAUCAAGGAACUACUAAAACGUAUCAAAUACCUAUUGGUCAUCUCGACUACAAGUUCAUUGAAAAAUGUACAGACGUUCAACACCUGGAAAAGAUUCUCAAGGUACUAAGGUCUGGUGAAGAGGGAUGUUAUCCUGACCUGACAUUGUUUUGUGAAAAGCGUAUUGAGCAUUUAGCUCCAGGGAGCAGAGUUCUCAGAAAAGAUAAACCUGCAGCCACAGCAGCUGAUUUUACAGCUGAAGAAUGGGAAACAAUUAAUGGUGAACUGAUGAGCUGGGUGGCAGAAAUGAAUGAAGAUGAUAAUAAGCCAGGGGUUUUGAAAACAGGCACAUUGAAUGAAGGACAAGAUAACUUGCCUCCUAUUCGUUGUUCCAGCAGCUGUCUUCCUGCUUUCCAGAAUGAAAAGUUCCAAAACAAACAAAGAAAUAAGAAAAAUAUACCACGGGAUUACAGUGAAUGGGAUAAGUUCGAUGUGGAAAAGGAGUGUUCUAAAAUUGAUGAAAGCAGUGAAGAAAAUAACUCAAAAGCAAGAUUCUCUAUUAGACCGAGUCUUCCUCUAAUUGAAAAGAAAAUAAACACCACUGGCAUGACAAAGAAAGAGAAGAUCUUUAUUGCUACUCGGGAAAAAGAAAAGGGCAACGAAGCCUUUGCCAGUGGGGAUUAUGUGGAAGCAGUGACAUAUUACACUCGGAGUAUAUCUGUACUACCCACUGUAGCUGCAUACAAUAACAAAGCUCAAGCAGAAAUCAAACUUCAAGACUGGGACAGUGCCUUGCAGGAUUGUGAGAAGGUGCUAGAUAUGGAACCUGGCAAUGUAAAAGCUCUGUUGCGCCGUGCCACUGUUUACAAUCAGCUGAAGAAUUACCAGGCAGCUAUGAGAGAUCUGAACACAGUACUAUGCAUUGAACCAGAAAAUGCUGUAGCUAAGAAAAAUCUGCUAGAAAUUGAAAAGAAACUGAAAGAAUUAAAGCCUGGAUCUAAGAGUGAAGGCAGAGGAAAAAGAAUACUUAUUCAAGAUAUAGAGGAUUCAGAAGGUGAUGAAGAAAGAGGGGAAAAUGCAGAAGAAUGUGGAAGAAGCAGCAGAGAUAGAAAAAUUGUCCUGCCAGUAAGAGGCGAGGCGGCUUUGGGGAAGGCUGAGAUGGGGAACCUGCUGAGAAAGUUUCACAGCAAAGGAGGUGGCUCCAAGUUGGACGGCAGAGAGACCGAGAAGCAGAAGGAAUCAACUGAGAGCGGAUUAAAAAAAGACACAGCGGAGAAAAAGUCACAGAAAACAGACCAUGAAGGUGAAGCCAACGGUUAUUUAAACAGCAACCAAACAAGUGAAAACCCUGAAGCCGGCCAGUCCUCCAGAUCGCAUGGCGCGGGGUCCCUGCCAGCUGGUUCUGGCCAUUCAACUUCGCUUCCUCCAGCUGCUGCAAAACUGAAAAGUGAAGGAAAUGAGUUAUUUAAGAGUGGGCAGUUUGGAGAAGCUGUGCCCAAAUACUCAGAAGCAAUUGAAUAUGUCAUCAGUGUCGGAGAACGAAGUCCGGAUGAUUUAAGUAUCUUGUACUCAAACAGAGCAGCAUGUUACUUCAAAGAAGGCAACUGCAGUGACUGCAUUCAAGAUUGUAACAGAGCUCUGGAGCUUCAGCCAUUUUCCCUCAAGCCUCUCCUACGACGAGCAAUGGCGUACGAGUCUAUGGAGCGGUAUCGACAGGCAUAUGUUGAUUACAAAACAGUUCUACAAAUAGACAGCAGCAUACAGGCAGCAAAUGACAGUGUUAAUAGAAUAACGAAGACUUUAAUUGAUCAAGAUGGUUCUUGUUGGAGGGAAAAACUGCCACCGAUUCCAGUUGUCCCUGUUGCUGCUCAGCUACACAGGUGGGAUGGAGGCAACUUUACUUCAGAGGCUAAGCCAUGCAGUCCCACACAUAUCAACAAAGAAGAACAGUUGCAGAUGAAUCGUGAGAAAGCUGAGGAAAAGUUCAGGACAUUAAAAAGCGAAGGGAAUGAUUUUGUGAAGAAGGGUAAAUAUGAUGAAGCUGUCAAUAAAUACAGUGAAUGUUUGAAGUUAAAUACCAAGGACUGCACAAUCUACACUAACAGAGCUCUCUGUUACUUGAAACUGCAUAAAUAUGAAGAGGCUAAGCAAGAUUGUGAUCAUGUUCUUCAAAUAGAAGAUUCUAAUAUUAAAGCUUUUUACAGAAGAGCACUAGCAUACAAAGGAUUACAGAACUAUCAAGCCAGCGUCAAUGAUCUCAAGAAGGUACUUCUAAUAGAUCCAAAUGUUCUUGAAGCAAAAAAUGAACUAGAGGAGAUAACCCAGCUGCUCAGCCCCAGCAGUGCUGCUGUCGCUGACUGUCAACAAAAGCAAAGGAAGAAAAUAACCAUACAAGAGGUAACUGAUGAACAGGAAGAGGGGCAGCUUGUGACAUCAGAAGACGUUGUGGCUGGCGAUGUCUGCUCUGAAGAAGUUGUUCAGAAGAGUGUGCCAUCAAAGGCCUGUGAAAAACUGACGAUUUCUGAACCAUCCAAUGCCUAUGACUUUGGUCAGAUUGUAAAUGCAGUGAACACCAGUAAGGAUCAGUCUGCUUGUGCAGAUCUUCUAACAAUUACUGAUCCAAAAAAACUGCCAAUGCUGUUAAGUAACAAGCUUGAAGGAGAAAUCUUUUUGAUUUUCAUCCAGUCAUUGGAACAUUACAUCCUUGGAAAAGAUCCUGGCCUUGUAUAUCAGCAUCUUUUCUAUUUGAGCAAAGCAGAAAGAUUUAAGGUGGUGUUGGCUCUUCUCAGCAAAAACGAAAAAGAACAGGUUCAGCGACUGUUUGCUUUGCUUGCGGAAAACCAGAAUCAUCAAUACUCUUUGGAAGAACUUGACAGCCUUAAAAAGGUGUAUGAACUUUAAGAACUUGAGGUUUAUUUGUGUGGUUAGAGCUGUUAGUUGUAAGAUGUCAGUACAACUCUGCAAACACGCAUGGGUUGAAGUGGGUCUCUACAUGGACUGUCUGAAUUCUGUUUUAUUUUGACAGCAUACACGUAUUUAAAACUUGCUGCUCUUUUUUUUCUUUUUAGUUGUAUACAGUUUUAGUCUAGAAUUUAACGCAUGUCUUUGUGUUCAGUUAUGGAGUUCGUGUUUGGCAUCCUGAUUUUGUUUAGACAUGGAAAUAUCUAUUUUGCAUUUAUAUAUAGCAUGAAAUACCUUGGUGGUACAAAGGAAAUAUGCUUUCAGUCAUCACUUGUUCUAUCACUUUGUGGGUUGUAUGUUCUCGUGGUAAGGAAGCACCUUCAAGACAAACAGAUCCAUUAACGAUAGCUUUGCUAUAAACAAUUUACAAGUAUAAACAUUUUUCAAAUAAACUGCACAGCCCAUCUGUUUCUUCACCCCCCCAGCCUGUACAAAACAGAUGUAAAUAUUUUUGGUGCUGUACAAAGAUGAAUGAAUAAUAUAUUAGCUUGUCAUGGAACACUUUGGCUCAAAAUAAUUAAUUAUUAACUAAAUGGGCAUGUUUUUUAAAUGACAAACGAGUAAGUUUUAGUUCACAGAGAA